CCAAUUUCAUGAUCUGCCACGCCGACUGCAGGUCGAUGAAUUACAACUAGGUGUGAUUCACAGGAGAGAACCCCAGGUUUGGUCGCCAACACAAACAAUAGCCACGCCGAGAGACACAGUGCUUCGGUACUUCACGCCGUUCCUCCCUGAAAUGAUUCGAAUAUCACCCGGACACUGCUAGCCGUCAGAAGAUGAUGCCCUCAACCACCAUCAGCCACGAUGAAUCAACAACAGUACUAUCAAGGAUCUCGACAACCGCCGCCGCUCUCUAACGGCAAUCGCAAUGGGUCUGCCAGCGGCCCUCCCGGGGUCAAGCAACCCGAUCCUCUCGAGACCAACCAAUCCCGUGCGGCGCGCUUUGAAGAUGAGAAGAGGCGCAUUAUUGAGAGCUGCUUCAAUAAAAGAGACCAGGAUGGAAUGCAAGUCGAAUCCUACAUUACGCACGUCAGAGUCCUCGAAGAUGGCUCCUACCCUUCAUCACCCCCUCCUCCCGAUUCUCCUGCGGCGAACAAGAAGAGCAGAGUUAUCCUGGUUGCCGUGCGCAGGUCAGGCAAGGUCAGAGUGCAUAAAGCCAGAGAGAAUCCUAACGGCACAUUCUCGAUUGGUAAAACAUGGAAUUUGGACGAACUGAACGCAAUAUUGUCAUAUUCUGCUUGGGUCCCUACAACGCCGCAGCAGCAGAUGGAGAAACUGUGGGCGUCAAACGCUGGGUUUACAGUCACUCUUGGGAAGCCAUACUUUUGGGCAGCACCGACCCCGAAAGAGAAGGACUUCUUUAUUGCUAGUCUGGUCAAGAUAUACCGGAAAUAUACUGGGGGGAAAGUACCGGAUCUUAUUGGCUUCUCGCCGCAGGAGGCAGCUCAACUCACAGGCACGCCAUCUGUUCAAGGCGCUCCAGCACCCAGGUCCGCUGGUAGCUUCUCUCCUCCUGCAACUUCUGACCGCUCGACUCCUCCUAUGCAGCCGCCAUUGAUACCAGCCCUGAAUGCCAAUCGACCGCAGUCGCCGUACACCGCCCAACAUCCUCCACCGAGCAGAGAUGGCAAUAGGUAUGCGUCGCAAGAGCAAGAUCGGCCUUUCACGCGUCAGGACCAGCACCAUAUUGCAAGGGACGGACCAAGACCACCCUCUCAGCACGAGAACAGAGCCCCGUCAAGGCCGGACCGUAGCACUCCAGUACAAGAAACCCCUCGGAAUCAGCCAUAUGGUACUCAAUACCGGCGAGACGACGGCCGUGCCCCGUCAUUGGCAGACAAUCAACCAACACCGGGGCGGCCUUCGCUCAGUCCCAAACCCUCAAAAUCAUCCCUACCUCGGAAUGAACCAGUUCCGGAGCCUCAACCUCUGAGACCGAAUGGCCUGGGGGCAGUGAAGCCUGCAGGCCUGGACUUACCUGGCAAAAGAUUGGGACCGAGACCUAGUCAGGAUUCAUUUCGCAAUGGCUCUGGAAGCGAUGCCAUGGGUAGCUCGAGGCCGAGCACAGCAACUACUGAUCGGAGGACCCCGGAACCCCGGCCCGGUGUUCCAGCGUUUGUCGAACCUUUGCCAGAAAGAAAGAGGCCAAUUGCAGCUGCUCCGGAGCCCGUGGCGGACCACCAUGGUCCUCCAAGUCAGGAUGGCGACACGUUUGUGACUCCGAUGGGUACACCAACAAAUUUGAAAGGGGAAGAACCGCAGAAGCAGGCGCCAGAUUAUUUUGGCGCCAAACAGCCUCAACAAGAUGCCAACAAAGAAGCAAAUAAUUCCAUACUACUCAGCAGUGCCACACAUGGGCCUGAUAGCCAGGAUGAGACCCCUAGUCAGAUUACAGACGAGCCAGUGACAGCAGAGCCAAACGACGCAAUAUCUCCACCUCCGCCUCCAAAGAUCGAAGAGGAACAUCGACCUGGCUUGGGCCCUAUGAUCAAGAAGAAGUCCGGCAAGGAUAUUGCGAACCAGUUCCGGAAAGCUGCUCUUGCUGCACAGGCUUUUCAACCACGUCAAGGCGGUGCUGGUGCACGUCUGAAAGCAUUACAAGAUAGAGAGAAGCAGUCAAAUGAGCCUGAUGGUAUCACUUCAGUCGUUCCAGCACCUUUGCAACGAGGUAUGAGUGGCGACAGCGCUAGAACUGGAACUCCUGAUUUGGCCAGCCCAGACAUAGAGAACAGCCACCAGCCUGUGCCCAAACCGAAUGAUGUUAUCCCGAAAGUCCAGAUUGAACGGACCGCGACAUCUGACAGCGUUGCCAGGCCUCAAACGCCAGUACCGAAGCCCGCGGCUGCCACCGCUGAGGCACCUAAAGAGCCAGAACGAGCACAAUCUCCAGACAAGGCGCGGUCCCGAUCACCGCAAAGACGACGGCGGCAGAAGCUGGAAGCAGAGGUUGGAAAAUAUUGCGCGAGUUUGGGCAUCGAUCCACGGAUCAUGGACGGUCGUGGUGCAGAGUUCAAUGAGCUUCUUACCGAGUUUGGUUGGGAAGGCAAGCUUGCAAACCAACAAAAGGUGGAAGACUUCGAAACAGACAUACGUAGGGAAAUUGGUCGGGCUCAAGCGAGUGGUUGGCUUGGUCAUGUUGAGCAGCAGGAAAGCAAAGUGCAAGAACUUGCAAAGGCUUUCGACAAAGCAGUUGCGGAAUGCGAAGAGCUAGAUGGGCUGCUCACGCUGUAUGCCCACGAGCUCGACACUCUUCACGAUGAUAUCGAGUACAUCGAGGCUCAAGGUCAAGGCCUACAGGUGCAGACCGCCAACCAGAAACUGCUUCAAAGCGAAUUAGAGAGCCUGCUGCAGACCUUGACGAUAUCCUCUGGGGAUCUGCGAGCCUUGAGAGCGGCACCAAUCGACAGCUAUGAUGGCUUGCAGGCUGUCGAAAACUCACUGGCGUUGCUCUACCGUGCAAUGUUGACCAUUGACCCAGAGAUCCGGCAGAACAAACUUCGUCAAGCGGAUGCAUCUACAGGCCGGGCCGGGGUUGGCCACUUUGCAGACGCCGAGAUUGGUCAGAUGCGUGCGGUGCAGCAGAAGAAGGAGCAAUACAAAGAGGAAAGCAUGACUUUCCUUAACCGACUAAAUCAACAUAUGAAGGCCAUGUUUCAGAUGGCUGAACAACGCACCAGUGAAGAAAACGCCACUGCCAGCGUAUCAUCAGGAACGUCUGCAUCACUCAAUCUCCGUGCGUAUAGUGCUUCAAGGCAGGAGUUGUGGGUUUACAAUGCCAUGAUGCUUUUCGUAAGAGAAGUGAACCAGUACGAGUGGCAGACGUUGAUCAGUAGCUACGAGAUCAACGUCAAGAGCAUCUAUCAAGCACAAUUUCGAGAUUAUUCGAUGAGUCUUAAGAAGACUGCCCGGAAGCCGACUGGAGAGGAGCAAGAAAUUCUGUUCACUCACCAGGAGAAAGAGAAGGCGGAAGAAUCACUCACAUCGACAGCUGCCCGUAAACUGACGGUCAAGCGUGGAAGGACUGUCAAGACCAGUGCUUUACGCCAGUCGAUCGGCGACAAGCGAGACGGCAGGCCAGAGGCGUGGACGAUCUUCGAUACCGUGCUUGAACAGCAGGCGACCGCUAUUUCAGAAGAGCAGAACUUCAUCGUCCAUUUCUUCCACCUAGAUUCGCAGUCGAACGCGGAUUUUGCGGAAAUUGUACAAUCCCGACCUCCAGAUCAACGCAAGCUGCCCAGUCUGCAUGCCAAACAAUCUUACGAUCCGGACCGCAACAUGGCCAAAAUUGUGCAAAACACCACGGAGGGGAUUUACUCUUUUUGGCUAGAGGACUUGCAAAGUUUGGUUGAAUGGGUCCUGAAGACCGACUCGAUGCAAGGCGUCGGCGUUCUUGUAUCCCUUGAGCAGUGUUUGGCGAAGUAUGAGGAGACGAACCAAGAGUUCAUCACUCGAACUGUGAGGACUCUACAUGACCGGCUCACUGGCGUCUUCCACCGAUUUGUUGAGGAACAAGUCAAGGCCAUUGAAGAGACCAAGGUCAAAGUCAAGAAGAGGAAGGGACUGAUCUCAUUCAUGCGGGUGUUCCCUGAAUUCACGGCUGCGGUCGAGGAGAUGAUUCCCCGGGAAUUCGCCCAUCAGGAAACCCUGGAUGUUCGCUUCACCGUCAACGACGCUUACAUUCGAUUGCUCAAAGCGAUGUGGGAGUCGCUCAAUUUCAUCGCAAAAGAUAACCCGGCAAGCGCGACGGGCGGAGUCCAUUCGACUGCUGCGACCACCGGCGGAGACCCCGAGGACAAAGAGGCGCUAAACUAUCAUAUCUUGCUGAUUGAAAAUAUGAACUACUUCAUUGAGGAGGUCAAAACGCACCACAAUGUCGUCCUGGAGGAGUGGACGGAGCGGGCGUCGAGGGACCAGAUCUCGCAUUUGAACCAGUACACUGACGCGGUGAUCCGGCGGCCGCUGGGCAAGUGGCUUGAUUUCCUGGAGAGUACGGAAGCAAUGAUGAAGGCCACCGACAAGUUUACGAGCAUAGCGAACAAGCCGAGUCAUUCGCGCAGUUCAGCGAAGAAGAUUCUUAGCGCGUAUGAUGCGAAGGAAGUCCGAAAGGGGGUGGAGACGUUGAAGAAGAGAAUCGAGAAGCAUUUCACGGAUGCGGACGACCCCGGGGCGAGUACGAGUAGUCUGAGUAGGGGAUUGAUCGGGCGGGUUCUUGACGAGUGUGCGGUCAGAUAUGCACACGCAUGGGAUCGGAUGAAGGUCGUGGUAGAAAGAGUGUAUGAAGGCAGUCUGGAGAUUGAGUGGAGGAAGGAGGAUGUCCAAGGGUUGUUUAGGAGAUGAUCAUCUUCUUUGGAUGAGUGACGACCGCAUCAUACGAGAAGGAGGAGGAGGUACCAGAUGGACAAAAUACAUGUUCUGGUCAGCGACGUUGUUCUGUAUCAUUGUAUGCUACGGCCUGUCUGGAGUAUGGGCAUCUUGGGAUAUCUAUCUACAUGCAGAUGUCUUUGCCAGGUGGCUACCAACCCCAUCUGCUUCUGACGGCGUAGUUUGAAUCAAGAAGUAAAAUAUAUCAUGAUACCAAGAUGGACAUGAUGGAGCAGCGGUAUCUUCCGAUCUGGAGAGACGUCGGAAAAUAAAUGAGAC